CACGCCCGCCACGUCAUACACAAGGGCUGGUGCCAGGCGGAAACAGCAACAGAGAACACCCACACCGUUGAGCUUCAUGAUGUAGUUGAACCUUAUUCAAAACCACCAGUAGACCUGUCCGCUUUUAUUGGACGUUACCGCAGUCUGGGGUUUCAGCUGGACCUUCUCUUGUCGUGCGGGUUUUAUUGUCAGAGAUUGUGGAAUGCUGCUGGACGAGACUCCACUUUUUGAGCCCUCUCUGCUUCAGGAGCUGGACUGGAGUAGCAACACAGUCUCCUUCUCUCCACCCAUCUCCCCGUCCAAUCCAGGGGAAGGCCUGGUGCUCAGGCCGCUCUGUAUGGCAGAUUUCAAUAGAGGAUUCUUCAAGGUUUUAUCUCAACUCACCCAGACAGGCGAUGUCACACCAGAGCAGUUUGCAAAAAAGUUUGAGCAUAUGAAGAAAACUGGAGACUACUACGUCAUUGUGGUGGAAGAUACAAAUCUGGGACAGAUUGUUGCCACGGCAACAUUGAUCACUGAACACAAAUUCAUUCACUCAUGUGCAAAGAGAGGCCGGGUGGAGGAGGUAGUAGUCAGUGAUGUGUGCAGAGGGAAGCAGCUGGGAAAACUGUUAGUCUCAACUCUCACUCUGCUCUGCAAAAAAUUGAACUGCUAUAAAAUCACUCUGGAAUGUGCACCUAAAAACGUGGCUUUCUACCAAAAGUUCAGCUACAACGCUUCAGACGAGGCUUACAUGCAGUGUCGAUUUUUCGAAUGAGGAGAACAGCCGCUUUAACCCUCAGUUUUUGAGGCACGGACCGUCUCUUCAUACACCCACUGUCAGCAGAACUUGCAAACAAACGUCUUAAGAAUUGGGAGAACUUCCCGAGGAAGAGAUGCGACACAGCAGAAUGGUCCCUGAACACUCUUUAGGUUUCCAACACACUUGAUUAAUAUACAUGAAGCUCAGUUUAACAUAAUCCUCCGCCCCUCUGGUAACCAUGACUACCUCACCAGGGUAGACAUCUGUCAUCAACUUUCCCUUCAUUUUAAGAAAGAAAUGUCAAGUUAGCAUCAAUUUAAUGUCAUAUUUUGUUGCACUGGUAACAAGUAAUUUGCUGUGUACUAUCAGAAAAAACACUAAUUGGAUCUGUCGCUGUGAGUAAACUGGAAACUGAAGAUGGUACCAUAUUACCAACUACAUAAUUAAAAUGAUUCAUUACAGGCAUCGGCUUCUCAAAGUCCCUUCAAAACCAAAUAUGCUUGGAGAAUUUACAACAGAUCAUGAUUCAAAUUUUUCUGACACAUCUGUCACCAAAGAAAAACAGCAUUUUCUUUUCCCUGUAUGUGUGAUUUGAAAGGUACUUUUGUAAACAAUUUUGGUUUUUCUAAUAUGCCCACUUGGUACAAAGCGCUCUCUAUCUCAGCAGGCCUUUCUCUCUCAGACAGCUGUGUUCCUGGAUAACUAAUGAAGUUAGAAAAACUACAAGACAUGAAGAAUUACAUACAAUCAAGACUGUUAUGUAAAAACAUUUCCCGUCAACUGAACAUAUAUUUUGUGAGGCUGUGCUAAGAAAUGAACACAAGGCUCUUAAAGUUUGUAUAUCUGGUCAACAACUCGGAUUAGGAUUCGAACAUUUUGUAAGGGGAAAUGGUGAUUUUUGUAAAUCAUCUCUUAUUUAAGCUUUUGUAGUUACGUUUUCUAAUUAUACAGGGGAACAUAUUUAAUGUAAUUUAUUUCCACAAGUCAAAUAAAAUAUUCUAUGAUCUAG